GUCUCUUGUCAUUUCUUCUUGUCACUCCUGUCAGCUGGUCAAAUAAAUUCAUUUGGAAAAAUAAAAAUAUAACAACUUUACGAUGGCUUCGGCUUUGGGGCGCAUUACAAAUUUAUCCAAAACCCAAGUUGGGCAAUUUAUCCCAGUUUUAUGCAACACUCAAAUAGCCUUCUACUCGGCACCGCCGCCGGGCACGCCGCCCCCGCAAACCAAGACCACCUUCGGCCCCUUAGCCGACCAGGACAGAGUUUUUACUAAUCUAUAUGGUCGACACGAUUGGAGGCUCAAGGGAGCCCUCAAAAGGGGUGACUGGUACAAAACCAAGGAAAUCCUCCUCAAAGGCGCCGACUGGAUAAUAAAUGAAGUUAAAGUAUCGGGAUUGAGGGGACGCGGAGGUGCAGGAUUCCCUUCAGGCAUGAAAUGGUCCUUCAUGAAUAAACCCGGAGACGGAAGGCCGAAGUAUUUAGUCGUAAAUGCCGACGAGGGAGAACCUGGCACAUGUAAAGAUAGGGAAAUUAUGAGACACGACCCGCACAAACUCGUUGAGGGAUGUCUCAUCGCUGGCAAAGCAAUGGGAGCAAAAGCCGCUUACAUCUACAUUAGAGGAGAAUUCUACAACGAGGCAUCUAAUAUGCAAGUUGCUAUUGCAGAGGCUUACCAAGCGGGUUUCUUAGGUAAGAACGCUUGUGGAUCAGGCUACGAUUUCGAUGUAUUCAUGCACAGAGGCGCGGGAGCCUACAUUUGCGGAGAAGAAACCGCCUUAAUCGAAUCGCUGGAGGGCAAGCAAGGCAAACCCAGACUAAAGCCCCCAUUUCCCGCCGACGUGGGUUUAUUCGGAUGUCCCACCACUGUUACUAACGUCGAAACAGUAGCUGUAUCACCAGCGAUUUGCCGUCGCGGUGGUACCUGGUUCGCCUCGUUUGGCAGAACACGUAACAGCGGAACCAAGUUAUUUAACAUUUCCGGCCACGUCAAUAGACCUUGUACGGUGGAAGAGGAAAUGAGCAUACCCUUAAAGGAACUGAUAGAAAGACACGCUGGUGGUGUUACCGGUGGUUGGGAUAAUCUAUUGGCCAUUAUUCCUGGUGGUUCUUCCACUCCUUUGAUUCCAAAAAAAGCCUGCGAAGAGGCUAUAAUGGAUUUCGAUGGUUUGGUAGCCGUCCAAACCAGCUUGGGAACAGCCGCUAUUAUUGUAAUGGACAGAAGCACAGAUAUUGUAAAAGCCAUUGCUAGAUUAAUAAUGUUCUACAAGCAUGAGUCUUGUGGACAAUGCACGCCAUGUAGAGAAGGAGUAAAUUGGAUGAACAAAAUGAUGUACCGUUUCGUCGAUGGCAAUGCCAAGCCCGAGGAAAUCGACAUGCUGUGGGAGAUCAGUAAGCAAAUAGAAGGUCAUUCGAUUUGCGCUCUAGGUGAUGGUGCAGCGUGGCCCGUUCAAGGCCUGAUUAGGCAUUUUAGACCGGAAUUGGAAGGAAGGAUGAAGAAAUUCCAACAAGCCCAGAAUUAAAGUAGGGUUACCUAUAUGUUUUAUAUUUAAGUAAACGAAAAGGAAAUCAAUAAAUGAAAUUGUAAUGCUUGUGAAUAUGAUGUGUAAAAUAGUUUAAUAAAAUAUAAAAUUUAGUUGGUUUUCUGUAAACUGGCGCUAAAGCACGGGUAAAGUUAUAUAAUUGCAAAAUUAGUGAAAUAAGGGUUUAGGCAUGUUAAUGAAAUUAAUUGAACACUACAAAUUUUCAAUUCUACACUAUUGUAAUAUUAUUAUGUUUACUGAAUAAAAGUAAUAUUUAAAUGAAAUAAA